AGGUUCAUAUACAAUCAACUAUCUCUAAAGACUGGGCAUUCCCAAGCCUUCGAGAUGCCCAGUAUCACCACCGCCUCCUUCUACUUACUCUUAGUCCUUGCCAUAUCAAUUCAAUAUUUUCUUCCAUCUCCUAAAACAAACAUGACAUCCCUCAGCACCCCAUGGGCCGAUACUCCAUGUGAACUAAUCACGACACCACAACAUGCGACGGGAAAGACUGACAUUUUCACCGUCGGCGCCACACACAUGGCGCACAUCCACAACGCCAUCCUCCGCGGCUACAACUCCAUCUACCUCCAAGCACCCCACGUCAAAGACGCAGACAAAGCAGCAUUCGUAGGAUACGCACUAACCUGGUUCCGCUUCGUAAAAUCCCACCACGACGACGAGGAAGCCGAGUUAUUCCCCGCUGUAGAACAAGUUCUAAACGACAAGAACAUAUGGGGUGAAACGCAUAAAGAGCACGAAUCCUUCCUACAAGGCCUAUCCGAAUACUCAACGUACCUCUCCACCCUUCCCUCUCCCACAGCUCUAAACGGCACCCACCUCCAAUCCCUCAUGUCCUCCUUCCAACCCGCCUUCUCGCACCAUUUCCACAGCGAAAUCAGCACCAUUGCCGCUCUCGCCACGCACCCUUUUGCCCCCGCGCCUAACACCCCCGAGGCAGACGCCGCAGCAACAGUCUUUAAAUCAUGGGGCAAGAAAACAGUCAUGAAGGCGGGGACCCUGGAUGUUGUUCCUUUUUUCCUGAUGAACCUGGAUGCCGCGUUUGAAGAGGGGAAGUGGGCGGAUUGGCCGCCCAUGCCCCGGCUGGUGCGCUGGGGGCUCGUGAAUGCCGCGGGCAGUGUGUAUGGGGCGUGGUGGAAGUUUGCGAGUUGUGAUGCCAGUGGGAGGCCGAGGGAUUUGUGGGCGUUGCAGCAGGAGCAAGGAGGGGUGAAGGAGUAGAUUUGGGGGUUUGUGAUUAUGUGUUCUGGGGGGUUUUUUUUUUUCAUUUUGGCAUCGUAUUCAUUACGUACUUGCAGUUUGGAGUUGAUUUCUGUUUUUUUAGAGGUAAUCGCUGUUAGUUAUGUAUAGGCAAUGACUAAUGUAGUCUGGGUUUGUGAGAGCGGAUGGACCUUCCAUUUGCUUUCGAUCAGAUAUG